AUGGCGCGUAAGCGUAAGAGCGCCGCUGAAGCCGCCGACGUGUGCCCGCGGGAUCUCAAUGAGAUCCCGUAUAUUGCUUGGAUGAACAAGCAGCUGUCCGCAGGUCGCAAGCCAUCUGGCCCGCAGCCAGUAGGAACUCCUUCGCGUGGCGACACCUCUUACCAAGCCCCGCGUGACGUCCCGACCCGCGGGCGCCGUCAGUCUGACCGGGUGGCAUCAUCGCGUAGUCCCGAAAUUUACACGUACGGAGAGGAAGACGAUGACGCCGAAUACAACGAGGAGGCCGAUGGCACCGACGACGAGGCGGACUCCGGGGAAGAGGAGGACAAGGGCAUGUCUGACUCUGAUGCCGCCGAAGACGGCGAUGACGCGGGGACCGACGACGAGGACGCACCGGAGGAAUCGCAGCCUGCUACCCCGCCAGUUCGCCGCGGUCCUGCAAAGGCGGCAUCGGGGGUCAAGAACGCCGCCAAGGGCGGGGAGCCACCUCGACGCGCACCAAAGACCCGCGACCCCAUGCCGGUGAAGCGCAGCGUGUGGUCGCCCCGGGAGAGCACGAUCCUCGUGGCCGCCCGCUGGUUCAUGAAGGAUGAGCUAGAGCCGCUGCUGGGGAAGCAGGGGUCCCAGUAUUGGGCCCGCCUCGUGCGACACAUCGAGUCCGAAAAUCCUGGAUGGGUCCGCGGCGUCAACGCCGUGCAGAAGCAGUGGCGCAACCUCGUCUCCAUGUUCAAGCAGUUGCAGAAGGCGGACAAGGCGUCCGGUAACGGUGUGGUGUGUAAGCCGCCGUGGUGGCCGUACAUGGACAACCGGGCAGUGGCUGCGCCGCACGCCGUCGCCGCCGGCGGGGCCACACACGUGAACGUGCCGUGCGGGUUCGCGGUGCCUUCGACGUCCGCGCCAUGCACCUCUACGCCGACAUUCACGGCCCCCCCUCCGGUGACACCUCCCUCUAAGCGCCCGCGUGUUGCGGAGACGGCUACCAUGGCUGCGGCCAAGCUGGUCUCCGACACCAUCAAGGGUUGCCACGCGGAUGCGAUGGCAAAGCUGGAGGGGCUCGUCCGCGCCUGGAUGCAGCAAGACGCCGAGAUUGCCCGCUCCCGCAACCAGGGGCCGGCCCCACCGCCACCAGGUGUCAACAGUGUCCCCGCGGAUGCGGCCAACCAGCCCGCACCGACCGCCGCCGAAGGCGACGACGGAGGAUGGUUCCGUCGCGGACUACACAACAAGACGCCCCUGUACCCCUUUGACGGCGCGGAACUCCUCGGCCAUCUCGUCAAGGUCGUCGCGGGUGGGGAAGUGCACCCACUACUGUCUGAAGACCGAACAGAAAUGCAUCAGCCACACGUCGACGAGCUCGUGGCACAAGGUCCUCUAGCAGAAGCUGGUAACGCCGUCGCCGCAAGCCGCGCCUUCUUGCACGCUCGGUUGACCUGGUGGAGCUAUCUGGUGAUCGUCCUUGCUGACGACAAGCUCUAUGGUAGGAGGAAGCUUUUGAGCAUCUGCGAGGAGGCUGUGUGCUGCGGUGCUGAAAGAUCUGUAUCAGCCGGAAACCACCCUCGGACAGUUUCCUUCCAGAGCGUGAUUUUACCAAUGCUACAAGUCAUUUGUCAGCCCGCGUUCUUCAACAACCCAGCAUCAAGCAAGGUCAACACGACCUUGGCAGCCAUGGCCGAGGUGGACGGCUUUCAAGAGUACCUCGUCGCCUGCAUGAGGCUGCUCACCCAGCGCGGCUUGAUCCGCGAUCUGGGGAGAGCAGACGGGAGAGGAGACGAUGGAGGCAUCAGGGAGUGGGACGUGGCAUUCGGCAUCGUGCUCAGCUUCUUUCACGAGACCAUGCUGCGGUUUCACUCCUUGUUCGCCGCUGCACAGGCCAGCAGGGACCUGCAGGAGCUGGAGGGUAUGCUGGAGAGUUGGCAGAGGGAGCAGCCGGUGUUUGAUGGCAGGUACCACCAUCUGCGGUCGGUGAUCUAUCGGCUGAGGAGGGCUGUUGAUGUGAGGAAUCACAGUGAGAGACAGAAGCGGAGGGCGGAGGAAGGGCAGAUGCUGCAUGAAGACUUCUUCCCUUCAGGUCAGCGGCUGUCAAGCAUGCAGGCUGUGGAUGGGCCGGGUGAGCUCAGCUUGGCUGGCCGGCCGAGGCAUGAUAACGACCAUGUGGAUAUUUCCGCUAUCUCAGUGGCGCCAACCAUGCAGGAGGUUCUCUGCAAGUCCUCACCAUACCUCCCGCACAACCACGCCAGCGAGCCGCACCACCUGCCUGCGGGCUCCGUGGCCCGGCACGUGGACAUCCAAUUCCGCCUGCUGCGCCACGAUCUGAUUGCCCCCCUCUGGAGCAAGGCGCUCUUCCUCCUCCACCGCCUCAACCACGAAUCCUCCACCGCCGCCCGUGGCGAUGGCAGCAGCAGCAGCGGAGGCGGCAGCUGGAGGAGUGGCAGCAGCAGCAGCAGUGGGGGCAGGGAGGAGGCGAUGGGGCUGGUGCGGGCGGACAGGGAGGUGGUGAGGGGUCUGGCGGACGACAUGAAGGGCGUGGUGGGGUUUUCUUCCGAGGACAUGGAUGUGUAUCUGCUCAGGGACGUGCACGUGCUGUCGAUCAACACUGAUAAGCGCAGUGGCGUCUACUUUCUGAUCGACUUUCUGGAGCCUCCCAUGCCACGGGGCCGGCGCUCCCGUAACAGGUUGGAGUUCUGGGAGAACACUCGAAGGCUGCAGAACGGCUCCCUGGUGUGCCUGUGGAUUCGAGACAUCCACCCAAGCCACAGCCAGCACCGUCCCAGCCAGCAGCAGCGUCCCAGGGAGCCCAGGGAGCAAGGCAGCGCAGAUGCAAGCUGCUCGCACCGGCUCGUGUUCGCGACCAUCACAGCGAGGGACACGGAGAGGCUCGCCACCGCCCGGCCUCAGAUCGGCGUGCAACCGUGUGGAGGCAACGGGUUCAGUGCACACCUGCUGGGGCUCAUCGCCCGAGACGGCAGUGCGGGGACUGCAGGGGGGACUGCAGGGGGUGCAGGGGGUGCAGGGAGUGGGGGGAGCACGCAGGUGGUGAUGCUGGAGGCGCAUGGGAGCUUCUUUGCGUACGAGCCCAUUCUCAAGGCCCUGCAGGGCAUCACUGAGGCGUCGCUGCCCUUUGCUGAAUACAUCUGCGGGACACCUGGUAGAACACCUGGCGGGGCACCUGGCGGGGCUGCUGCGACUCUGGGGUAUACGCUGCCUGCGUACAUCGAAACAGGGAUGAUGUAUGACUUGAGCCUGCUGCUCAAGACGAAGCCCUCAUCUCCGCAGGCAGAGAAUGCCCCAGAGGACGCAUUUGCCCUGAGCAACGUGCCUAUCUCCAACCCCACCUCCUUUCCCAUCGAUCCUGUCCUGCGCUGCACCUCGCUGGACCAUCCCCAAGCCGUGGCUCUCCAGGCCGCCUUGACUCGGGAGUUUGCUCUGCUUCAGGGCCCACCAGGAACCGGCAAGACGUUUGUGGGAAUAAAGCUGGUGGAGAUUCUGCUGAGCAACGCCCUCAAGACCACUGGCUCUGGAGGAGCAAGCAGUGGGGGCGGUCGACUGGGUCCCAUCCUGUGCGUGUGCUUCACCAACCAUGCGCUGGAUCAGUUCCUGGAGGGCCUCAUCGCCAGUGGCAUCAAGAACGUGGUGCGAGUGGGGGGCAGGAGCAGGUGCGAGUCACUGCAGCAGUUCAAUCUGGCCACCAUUAUGAGGGACACGCACCUUCACCACAGCCGCAGCUACAGGCAGUCGACCUACGAGGUGCACAGCAGGCUCAAGGAGGUGGAGGCGGUAAUCCGCACACACAGCGAUGCCCUGCAGCACCGCACGGACAAUGCCCUCUCGCUCGCCUGCCGCUCCAUCGCCCCGCACCUCCUCGCCAACCACCCCGGCUACUUCUAUGCCCUCCAUGCUGCCAGCAAGGCGGCAGACAACGACGGUUUUCAGAAUCCGUAUGAAGCCUUGGGAAGGCUUGGAGGGGUUGAGGUUGGGGAGGGGUGGCAUGUGAGCAGCAAUGAGAGAGAUGGCGGCGUGGGGGAUGAGCUGAGAGGGCUCGUUGAGCUCAUGUCGUCCAUCUAUGUUGAUGAUGAUGGGGAUGGGGAUGGUGAUGGGGAUGAUGGUAGUGAUGGGAGUGAUGAUGGGAAUGAUGGUGACGGUGAGGCGGUGGUGAGAAGGCCAAGACAUGUUAGAGGCGGCAGCAGUGGUGGUGCAGGACGGGCCACAGGCAGUGGUGCUGCUGCUGGCUUGCACUCCUGGCUCGGGUAUGGGGCGUCAGGGGGAGCAGGGCUGGAGAGAGGAGCGGGAUUUGGAAGCGCGAGCAGUGGGGCAGAGAUAAGGGGAGGCAUGUGGGGUAGCCAGGGCGGGCAGCAGCAAGGAGGGAUUACCGUGGAGGAUCUGUCUCAGGCAUUCGGUGACUUGGGAAACCAAACUGGCAGGGGCGAAUGGGAGGAGCAGGUGGAGGAGAAUCAGAUCGAGGAGAAUGAGAUGGAAUCAGAGGAGGUCGAUGAAAGGAGUGACCGAGGGGUGGAGGAGUUGCUGUGCGUGGCGGACCCAUGGGCAACCAGCGCGCAGGAGAGGCGGAAGCUGCUAAAGCACUGGGUGGGAGAGCUGAGGGACACAGCGAAUGCCGCAAUCGAGGCCGAGGUUGAGAGCUUUGCAAGGAAGGUGAAGGAGCGCAGCGAGCUGCAGCAAAUGGAGGAGCUGGAAAUUUUAGAGAGGGCGCAGGUGGUGGGCAUGACCACGUCCGGGGUGGCCAAGAUGCAGCAACUCAUCACGGCGCUUGGCCCACGCGUCCUCAUUGUGGAGGAGGCUGCUGAGGUGCUGGAAGCCCAUAUUCUCACCUCGCUCACCCCUCGCACCCAGCACGUCAUUCUCAUUGGCGACCAUCUGCAGCUGAGGCCCAAGGUGGAGGUGUACGAGCUUAGUAAGGACUCCCACAAGGGCUUCGACCUGGACGUGUCUCUCUUUGAGCGCCUCGCGCUCUCCAGGCGCAUCCCGGUCUACACUCUCGCCACGCAGCGCCGCAUGCGGCCAGAGAUUGCCUACCUCAUCCGCUGCACCAUCUACCCCGCUCUGCAGGACCACCCCCUCGUGCACGGCUAUCCUGACGUGCGCGGCAUGGCAUGCAACCUGCACUUCUGGGACCACGACUGCCCUGAGAGUGGCUUGGACGACUUCAACGAAGGCAAGUCCAAGUCCAACGAGGGCGAGGCGGCCAUGGUGGUGGGGCUCGCCACGUACCUCCUACAGCAGGGGUACACGGGAGGGGAAAUCACCAUCCUCACGCCCUACGUGGGGCAGCUGCUGAAGCUGCGCCAGGCGCUUUCUCAGGUGGUUGAUGUGCGCCUGGGGGAGAGGGAUGCCGAGGUUGUGGAGGAGGCGGAGGAGAAGGGGGGUACUGGGGAAGGUGGAGGUGAGGCGGGGGAGGGUGGACGUGGGGGAGGGGCGUCUGGAGGGUCGUGGAUGGCGGGGAAGGGGUUGGGGGUGGGUUUGGAUGCUGCUGCCCUCAAGGCGACGACAGCGAAUCUCAAGGAUGCAGUGCGGUUGGCCACGGUGGACAAUUUCCAGGGCGAGGAGAGCACGGUGGUGAUCAUAUCCCUCGUGCGCAACAACAUGGACGGCAAGAUCGGGUUCCUCAAGAGCCCCAACCGCACCAACGUGCUGCUGUCCCGCGCCAAGCAUGGCAUGUACAUCAUUGGCAACGCCAGCACCAUGAGAACCAGCUCCAAGUCCGUGCUCUGGCCCAGAAUCCUAACCAUCCUGCAGAGCAGGGGGCGUGUUGGGCGGUCCAUUACGCUGCGGUGUGUGAAUCACGCUGACACAGUGACGCACAUCCAUGACGCGAGGGAGUUCAGGGAGAAGGCCAGUGAGGGCGGGUGCUCGCAGAUGUGCGGCUUCCGCCUCACCCCCUGCGGCCACACCUGCCCCCGCAGGUGCCAUGGCGACGACAGAGCACACGCGAGGGCGUUCUGCCCCAAGGAGUGCAACAGGAUCCGGCCACUGGAAGAGUGUCCGUACCAGCACACGUGCCCCAAGCAGUGUGGGGAGCCCUGCGGCCCCUGCUCUGUCACCAUCAGGGAGCUCACUCUCCCCUGCGGGCAUCCUGCCUUCAAUGUUCCGUGCUUCCAAGCUCAGAAGCCCACCUCCAUCUUCUGCUCGGAGAGAGUGGAGGUGAUGAUGCCACUGUGCGGCCACAAGCAAACCGUCAAGUGCAGCGAGUCCGCCACCAGGACAAGCAACCCCAAGCUCUGCACCUCUCGCUGCGGGGCUGUGCUCUCAGAUUCCUGCGGGCACACCUGCAUCUCCCCCUGCGGCCACUGCAUCGUUGACCCAGCUGCCACUGCAGAGCCCCAGCAGACACAGGCACAGCAGCAGCAGCAGCAGCAGGUGCAGCAGGAGGCGGCAAGAAAGCACAGGAAGUGCAUGCAGCGGUGCGAGCGGCCCCUCCCCUGCGGCCAUCUGUGCCCGGACACCUGUCACAGCGACCGACCCUGCAACCCCUGCACGCGCAAGUGCCUUGUGGCAUGCCAGCACAGCUCCUGCCCCCAGCCCUGCCACCGAACCUGUGCCCCGUGCGCCGAGCCUUGCGGGUGGCGCUGCAGUCACCAGGGGGCGUGCUCCCUCCCCUGCGGCGCUCCCUGUGACCGCCUCCCCUGCGAGCAGCGGUGUGCGAAAACGCUCAAAUGCGGCCACCAGUGUCCGUCUCUCUGUGCUGAGAAAUGCCCUUCUGAGGCAUUUUGCACGGCUGCUGGGUGUGGGGCGGCAGAGAAGAAAGGGAUGACAGUGGAUCUAGUCACACUGGAGACACUGGGGGAGAUAGAUCCGGAUGAGAGCCCUGUGCUUGUACUGGGAUGCGGACAUGCUUAUACAGUGGAUACUCUGGAUGGCCACAUGGGGUUGAACCAAGUGUAUUUAGAGGCGGGUGGUGGGGCUCGUGGGGUAACUGGGGGUGCGAGUGGGUCUAGUGGUAUGAGUGAAGGUGGAGGGGAGUGUGGGCGCAAGUGGGUGGCAGUGCUACCGUUUGAGGAUGGUGAUUUGUCCAUGCUCAAGGGCUGCCCGGAGUGCCGUCAGCCAAUCACAGGGCUUCGCCGGUACGGCAGGAUGGUCAACAAGGCCCUGCUGGACCAAUCAGAGCGCAAGUUCGCGCUCAGCUGCUUGGCAGACCACGAAGCGGUGCAGAGGAAGCUAGCGCGGUUGAGCCAGGUGAUUUCAUCACUCACAGAAUCCGCUCAGCCCAGGCGGCUGCAGGAGGUAGCUCAGGCGGCAGCACGCCUGGUGCAUGAGGGAGGCCAGCUGUGUGCUACCGCUGAUAACCCACCAACGCAGCAGACCUACCAGGCAUCUGUAGCAGCCCUGCAGAGACAGCACUACCUUUUCGGGCACAGGUCCCGCGGGACAUAUAGCAGUGGCAGCGGUGGGGGGGUUGCAGUCGGUGGCAGUGGGAAGGGCAGGCAGGGUCGUGCAGGCUCGUCUGAAUCCACAUGGGAGGAGGAGUGCCAGCUGCUCUAUGUCCCCCGCCCAGAUCCCAGGCCCCUCUGUGAGGCCCGUAUGAUGCUGGGGAAAGCCUUUCAGCUGCUCAUGGCUGCCAACUUCCUCCAACUGCGGAACCUCCUUGGGAAUCUCCGGAGGACAGUGGCUGGCAUGAGCGGGGAGAGCAGCAGCAGAAGCAGGAAGGUGGUGUAUCUGACCCGCUGUGUCGAGCGGUGCAGGGAAGUGGUGCGCACGAGUGUGAGGAGCGCGGAGAGGCAUGUGGGGGAGGCGGUGGAGUGGGCUGGUAGGCGCAAGGCGGUGCGGCUGCAGGCGAGGGCGCGGCUGGAGCUGGUAGAUGUGUUGCGAGCGUUCGUGGAGGGCUUGAUGGCGGAACGCAUGCUCUCCAACACCCCAACUGCCCUGGUGAGCUCACUGCUGUUGCUGUGCUUGCCAUCUGCAACUCCCACCAUGCCCUCAUGA